AGUACCCCCCUUCCCUUCUACUUCCGUGUCAUAGUUGGCAUUGAACAGAAUAGAGAAGGCGUGACUUUUCAUUUCACCAACAGUCUCUAAGAUAUUGUUUUGAGUCCUAACUGUGCUUCCCAUUACCAAUAUGCAGAACCAAUAUGAAGACACUGAGUGGAAUGAUGCCCUCCGCCGACACAACAUCAUCCCACAGCUUGAGAAAGAAGUCACAGAGGAAGACAUUGUGGACUUGGUGGAGCAAACAGUGGAAUCGAAAUCACAAGGAAAGAGCCUUGGUGAUAUGACAUAUGAUGAACUGAAUGAGAGAGAAGAUGAUAUUGAUGAGGAAGAUGAAAGGAUGUUUGAACAGUACAGACGCCAGAGAAUGGCGGAAAUGAGGGCAGCCCAGAUGAAGGCGCGGUUCGGUGACGUCGGGGAGAUUAGCAAAGCCGAUUAUGUUUCAGAGGUCAACAAUGCUGGGGAGGGGAUAUGGGUGGUGCUGCACAUUUACAAGGAUGGAAUCCCAAUCUGCAAGCUAGUCAACAAUCAUAUCACGAACCUGGCCCGCAAGUUCCCACAGACAAAGUUCCUCAAGAGUGUGUCCUCUGUGUGCAUACCCAACUACCCGGACAAAAACCUGCCAACAAUAUUUGUCUAUUUGGAAGGAGAUCUGAAAAAGCAGUGGAUUGGUCCAAUUGCAUUAGGAGGAAUGAAUCUGAAACAAGAUGAGCUGGAGUGGAUGCUAGCACAGGUGGGAGCCGUGGAGUCGGAUAUUGAGAAGCCCGAGCGGCCCGAGGUGAAGGAUGUCAUGAAUAUGGCCAUCAGACAAAGCAGGAUAGACAAUGAGGAUGACGACGAUAGUGACUGAUGUGGUGUGAACGUAUCGUCUAAUGUGUGUGUGUGAGUGUGUGCCUUUCCUGUGCAUGAAUCCAUCUUUCGCUGUGUGUGGUCUCUCAAAGGAAAUAAGUAUGGCUUAGACCGCAGAAGUUUAAAGUGCAUUAGUUUGCGUAUAUUUAUUAUUAUUGAGGUCAUAUAUUCUUCUUUUCGGCUGUGUUAAUCUACUGGUCAUAUUUUUUUUCUAUCACUUGUAAUAUGUUGCAAGGAAAAGAUGAAUCCUAGUUUGUGUUCUACACUUUACGUAGACUACAUUUGAUAAAAUAAGCGUUGAAGGAAAUGUAGAGAUGUUUGUGUUUCUUUGUCAGUGAUACAUAACCUGGAACGCAGGUUGGUCUGUUGCAGCAAUUUCACAUCUUUGUCUU